AUGCACUCCCGCCUGUUUCGACUCUCUCUCCUUCUCUUCAUUUCCCAUACGAUAGCAGUUGUUCUCAAUAGAACCAUCGACGACGGCUAUGGGGAUCCAGUGACGGGGAAGAUGCCGAUCUACUUUCCUCCUUCGAAACCCGAAUCGCCUUGGAAUAACCAAACCUGCGGGGGAUGUGCCAUUCAGCCGAACCUCAACAUGACGCAUCGUCGGACCUAUACAGCGGCCACAUAUCACCCAUUCCUACAAAAUAUGUCGAUAACACUAGAUUUUACUGGCAUCGCUGUUUGGGUUUUCUUUAUCAAUGCGAACAAUGCCGGAAUCGCAGUCACCACGAUGACACUGGCGAAUUUCACCCUGGAUGACCAGCCGCCGCAUCUGUUUCAGCAUGUCCCAGACAUGACGAGGACAGACAACGACUUCGACGCGGUGGCAUACCAGCAAGACGGCUUGACCAAUACCCCUCAUCGACUGCUUAUUUCCACUACGGGCGAUAGCGAUGCUUAUGUGAAUUUCGACUUUGCGAUUUAUUCGUGA